AUGUCCCCUCAUUCGUAUUCCCAAGAUGAUGGUCGGGUGCUUUCUUUGGGGUAUGCAUCCAUCUGCACAUACCAGUUGGAAGCACUACGCACAUGGAACCACAUUGAGUCGACAUCAUUUAACUACUUUGAACAGGACAAUAACUGGACCGUCCCUGCCGAGGAAGCUGUUCGGGAAUGUAAUGUGGAUCCCACAACACAUUGCAUCAUCAAGGACCGGAUUAGAAGCGAUGAUAAAUUUUAACAAAUUUUACUUUAUAUAUAUUUCCUUAUACUUCCCGCUUUUAUUUCCUAUAAAGACUUUGCAAGUUUAUAUUUUUAAUAAAGAUAUUCUAGGUUGAUGGUCAAAUAAGAUUAUAGCUUAUUAAGACAAUGUACUUUUAUUGUAUGUUGAAAGACUAAACAUGUUCGUUUUUGGUUUUAUAGCAUCGGGCCGUUUUUGUAAUAUUUUUCUACAAAGG